UCACCAUUUUGAAUCAUUCUUAAGAAUUAUUCAAAUGGUUAAACUCGCAAAAGUGUCAAUAAAGUUGAUAAAAUAAUACUUUGGGUUUCAGCACAUGGCAACGUCCUUUAACAAUCUCGGUUUCCUGCGUAAACAGGAGGCUGAAGUUUGACAAAAUGGCCAAGAAGACUAAGGCAGAGAAGAUUGGGAGCCGUAAGAAGCCCAAGGCCCAGGUGGCUCCCUACAGCAUUGCUGUUGGUCUGAAGAAGGGAUUCCCAGUGACCAAGAAGACACUAAAGCCCAGGCCUGCCUCUACCAAGGGUGUGAACACCAAGCACAACAAGUUCGUGCGCGACCUGGUGCGCGAGGUGGUCGGCUUCGCGCCCUACGAAAAGCGCGCCAUGGAGCUGCUCAGGAUCUCGCGCGACAAGCGCGCGCUCAAGUUCCUCAAGAAGAAGCUGGGCGGCCACGUGCGCGGCAAGAGGAAGCGCGAGGAGCUCGGUCAGGUGCUGGUGCAGCAGCGUAAGGCGGCGGCUGCGCACGGUGUCGAACACUGAUUCAUUGUCCAAUACAUCCCGCGCCGCGCGAA